ACGAAGAGUAUUUUGUGGCGAACACUCACAAUAAAAAAUGGCUGCGCCCAUAGAAUAGUAACACAACUUGGUAAUCUGUGUGUUUUUGUGAAAUCAACCAACGAGAAAAUGACGAGAAAAAGAAAAAUCCAGUUUAAAGAUGACCCAGCGAAUUUGAAACGCUUUCGAGAUGAAAUAAUGCACCUGUCUGAACCAAAAACAAAAGACAGUAAUGUUGAAUUGUACAAGCAUGAUAAAUCUGAAUUUUCAUUACGUGGAAAGAAGAAAUUACCAAGGAAAAUGAAGAGGAAAGAGGAAAGACAUAUGAAAAAAGCUAGAAAAUUGGCACAUUAUCAGGGAAAACAGAUACCUAAAGCAGAAGACCAGUUAAAGAAAAAGAAAGAAGAAGAAAAGAUUGAAAGAAAACAGAAAACUUUGGAAAAGCAAAAGAAAAAGAAGAAAAAAUCAAAAGAAAAAAAGAAAGAAAAAUUGAAAAUGGAAGAAGAGAUGAAAAAAGAAGAUAUGCGUGCUGCUAUUCAAAAAGAAGAAAAAAUGUUAAAGCAGUUGUCGAAACAGCUUCAUUUGAAUAAAAGAAAGAGUAAAACUCUUCCUCAGUCAUUUUUGAAUGAUGGUUUGGAUUAUUUAUUAGACGUAGUAGAUAAAGACAAAGUAACAGCAUUGUACGAGGACUCUGACAUUGAGGAGGAAACUACUGCAGGGAAUAAAGACGACAGUAACAGUGACCAGGAGGUAAGUGAUGAAAUGGACGAUGAAAACUCAGAUGAGAUGGACGAUGAUCAACAAAAGAAAAGAGCAAUCAAGGAAAUAAUGUCACAUCUCAAAAAAUCAGAGGCGAAAUCUAUACUGAAAACUUCUAAAACUGUCAAGAAAGAUAAAACAAUAGCAAAUGUCAAAUUCUGUGAGGUGGGAGAGGCAGUUGUAGAGGAUGAUCUCUCUGACGAUGAAAAUUUAAGUGAUGAAGAUAAAGAUGUGACUGAUGAUGAUGAAGAAAAUUUAGAUGAUCAGAAUUUAAGUGAAGAUGACGAUUUACACAAUCAUGAUGAAAGCGAGGAUGAAAGGAUUCUAAGCAAUAAAUCUAAAUAUUCAACAGAGGAAACUGACAGUGAUGAAAGUGGUGAUAUCCUUUCAGAUGAAAACAGUGACACUGAAGCAGCACCAAAAUUGCAUCACAAUAAGGGAGACAAUCCAGAAUCAACUUUAAAAGAAGAUAUCUAUGGUAGGCUGAGAGAUUCACAGGGCAAUAUAGUAACUGCAGCAACGGGCUCAUAUAUACCACCAGCAAAGAGGUUGGCAAUGGCAGACACCAUGGAUGAAAAGAAAAAGUUAAAAAUGGAAAGACUUAAAAAACAGCUAAAAGGUUUAAUUAACAGGACAAGUGAAGCUAACAUGGGUCCAAUCAUCUCACAGAUAGAGACAAUUUAUACAACUAACAGUAGAGGAGAUGUUAAUGAAACGUUACGAGAUAUCAUCAUGGAGUCGACUGUGUCAAGUAUGGUCACGCCUGAGAGACUAGCUAUGGAACUGAUGAUGUUGGUUGCUAUACUAAAUAAUAACGUAGGAAUGGAAGUUGGUGGUUUGUUCAUUCAGGAAUUAGCAUGGAAAUUAAAAGCAACUUGGGAAGAUUUGGAGGGGAAAUAUCUUGACAAUAUUGUGUUACUGUUUUCUCAUCUCUAUAACUUCAAAGUUAUCCACUGUAUACUGAUCUUUGAUAUAAUUAGAAAGUUUGUGGAAAGAUUUACAGAAAAAGACAUUGAACUGAUAUUACUAGUACUAAGAUCUGUUGGAUUCAGUUUACGGAAGGACGACCCCCAUACACUGAAAGACAUUAUACUCUUGAUACAAGGGAAGGCUACCUCAUUGGAUAAAACGCAAUCAAGUCGGGUACAGUUCAUGUUAGAUGUGUUACUUGCCAUUAAAAACAAUAACAUGAGGAAAAUACCAAAUUAUGACCCAGAGAAAUGUGAACAGAUGAAAAAAACAGCUAGAAAUCAUGCUAAAACAAGCCUUGGUACUAACCAACUGAGAAUAGGCUUAGAAGAUUUAAUGAAUGCAGAGGACAAAGGUCGCUGGUGGGUGGUUGGAUCAGCAUGGGAAGGAAGAUCAGAUAAACAUGAAGAUGUUAAACAAACAGUUCACACAACAGUACUUGGAGAAGCCAGUGAUAAAAUAUUAGAAUUAGCCAGAAAACAACGAAUGAACACAGGCAUAAGGAAAAGUAUUUUCUGUUCUAUAAUGACAAGUGAGGACUAUAUUGAUGCAUUUGAGAAAUUAUUACGACUUGGUCUGAAAAAUCAACAAGAAAGGGAGCUAAUCCAUGUAAUAACAGACUGCUGUCUCCAGGAAAAAUCAUAUAAUCAAUUUUACGCUUAUCUUCUCCAAAAGUUCUGUGAAUAUGACAGGAGAUUUUUGAUGACAUUCCAAUUCAUGCUGUGGGACAAAUUUAAAGAAAUGAGUCACCAAUCAGAACAGAGUAGAAACAAUCUAGGGAAAAUUGUGGUACAUCUUCUUGUUACAAAGUCCAUAUCACUCAGUGUGUUCAAGGUAGUAGAGUUUGGGACUUUAGACAAGAACAUGGUGAGAUUCCUAAAGCAAGUGUUACAAGAAAUUCUAUUGGAUCACCCUGAUCAUGUGAUGCAAGAAGUUUUCUCUAGAAUUGCACCAUUGACAAAAUUACAUCUUUUACAUGAAGGACUUAAAUUAUUUAUGAGACAUUUUCUUGUUGGGAAGAAGUCUAAACAAGAGCAGAAUAAACUAUUGAUAGAGAGAGUAUCUUUAGCAGAGAAAGCACUGUCAGCUGGUCAUUCUAAGUUCCAAUUAUAACUUACCUGUAUGAUGAUAGUUAUGGGAAAGAAAUAAAAUUAGUUUUGAAUACACAAGUUAAAUGAAAGUUACCGACUGUCUGUUGAAGAUUGGUAACAAGAGGGACCUCUUUCGCACAGAACAUACAACAUAAGGGAAGAACUUCACACUGUUCAACACCAGACAAGUGAAUAAUUUUAACAGGGACUAACAUAUGUCUGUUGUCUUCCCAAGUUCCAUAAACACAACCAUUGAUAAGGUUCCUGACUUGGCACAUGCUCAUGAGAUGGGGCUAAACUCAUUCCUCACAGGUUCCCAUCUUAAUCAGUGAAAUGAUUAAAGGUACGUACUGUUAGAGAGAUAAUGAAAAUCACACAAGACAGGGCACUCAACUCUUUAACACCAAUAUUCUAGAGACCACAAUCAAGAAUAAAAUGUCAACUGAGCUAACUACAUAUUCAAAUGAAAUCAGAUUUUCAUGCACCACCUACCCACCUACGAUAGUAGAGGGGUAUUAUGUUUUCUGGUCUGUCCGUCUGUCCUUCCAUUUGUUUGUCGGUCUGUUCCACUUCAGGUUAAAGUUUUUGGUCAAGGUAGUAAUUGAUGACUUGAAACUUAGUACACAUGUGCCAUAUGAUAUCAUCUUUCUAAUUUUAAUGCCAAAUUAGAGUUUUCACCCCAAUUUCACGGUUCACUGAACAUAGAAAAUGAUAGUGCAAAUUUCAGGUUAAAGUUUUUGGUCAAGGUAGUUUUUGAUGAAGUUGAAGUCCAAUCAACUUGAAACUUAGUAUACAUGUUCCCUAUGAUAUGAUCUUUCUAAUUUUAAUGCCAAAUUAGAGUUUUAACUCAAAUUUCAUGGUCCACUAAACAUAGAAAAUGACAGUGCAAGUGGGGCAUCAAAAUUUUAUAUAACACAAAUAUAAUUGACACCUGUGUUAUGAUAGACUUUAUCAAAACUUUAAUUCAUCUACUUUUAAAAGACCUUAGAUAGGUAUGUUUGUCAAGAAAGCCCUUACAUUAGUGGAUAUGCCUAAGUUAUAUAAUAGUUUUGAUACCUAAUGUAAUGCCAGUAGGAAAACAUUUCAAGGGAAAUCCCAGAAUAUUUUGGAGUCUCUGCUUUGAUAUAUGUGUACAAGUUUGAUAGAACAAGAUAAUGGCACUGGAACAUGUUUAAGUGACGGCUGAAUAAAAUAUUUACAUACAA